AUGAAGGAGCUGGAGGCCCUCCAAGACGCGGCCGAAGCCAAGCGGGAGGGAGACCUCGCGAGCCCGCGGACGCAGGCGGUGGACGACAACGACAAGAAAGACGUAGUACCAAAGAACGAAAACGAUGGGAAAACGGCAAAGAGCGAAGAAGAGGGGAGGGGAGGAGCACAUGAGGAGCAACAGGGAAAGGAGACGCCCGCCACCGGUGAAGAAGAGACAAAGACAGACGAAGACGGCCCAUCUGUCUCAGACGCAGCUGCAACGCCCACCCCGUCAAACAGCGAAGAAAGCGAAGCAAAAGCGAAGGAGGAAAAGAACGAAAACGAAGCGGAGGAGGGAGGGGAGAAGAAAGCGAAGACCACCAAGAAGAAGUCAAAGAAGGAAAAGAAAGAAGUCGACCCUGUGCUCUCGCCACGAGCAGCCGCGGCUGGCAACGGCAACGACGCCGCCGGUGGCGAAAAGAAAAAGAAGAAAAAGAAGAAGAAGGCACCCAAGACGCCCCGUGGCGGCGAGGGUACCGCUGCGACAACGACAGCGCCCGCACCAGCGUCGGGAGGCGGAAGCGGAAUCGGAGCGGUGACGCCACUGAAGCUCGAUGAAGGCGCCGUGGGGGACAAAGAGGGGACGAAGAGUGGCAAGGCCAAGAAGAAGGGCGCACAGACGGAGCGGACGCGGAUCACCAACAACGACCCGCCGCUGAGCGCCGUGCGGGCGGGUCCGACCACCAAGUCCCUCGCGUCGAGCUCGUCCCACUCAGCCGCCGCUCCGCCGUCGCCCUCCGCCGGAGUCAAAUUCGCCCAGCGCCUCUCCUUGGCCAAUGUGAUCCCCAAGCUCAGCACGCUGCCGUUCGAGAAGAAGCCGCGCGUCUUCAAUUCUAACAUCUACACCCAGUCCUUCAGCGGCAAAACGCUGGUCAAGUGGAUGCUGGAAGCCGGCACGGGCGUGAGGAUGGACCUCGAGGCGAUGAUCCUGGGCGAGCUGAUGCUCAACGCCGGCGCCAUCGUCCCACUUUCCCGCAAGGUCGAAUUCUCGGCCUCCGGCAAGGACUUCUACGCACUCACCGAGGGCUAUGCGGACUACGCGCGGCCGCGAAACAUGUCGGUGGGCGGACCCGGCGGCGGUUCGAUGAUCGGCGGGCGCGCGGGAUCGAAUGACGAGAUGAGACGCGCUGCCCGACGCAGCUCGGUCAUGCUUACCUUCCGCUCCAUCUCCAUGCGCGGCCUCAACCACCUGGCGGGCUUCGCCAAGGAGAAGGACAAGAAGGACGAUGACCAGGAGCAGCCGACGAAUCUGGUCUACGGCAAGUCGCUCGAGGAAGUCAUGGCCCUUCAGAUGAUUUCUCACCCCGACGAGAAGAUACCCAUCAUUCUCAAGACGUUGACCAAGGCGAUCAUCGACACCCAAGGACACAAGACGGAGGGCAUCUUCCGCGUGCCGGGCAAGAACGAUGAGAUCUCCCGCCUCAAGGCCCAGUUCAACAAGGUGGACUACACGAUCACGUCGGACGACCCGAACGACCUCGGCGGCUGCCUGAAGAUGUGGUUCAGGGAGCUCAAGGACCCGCUCAUCCCCAACAGCAUCUAUGACGAGUGCGUGUUGGUGGCCAACAAUCCGGCCGAAUGCCUGGAGAUGGUCGACACGCGGGUGCCCGAGCUCAACAAGACUGUAAUCUACUUCCUCCUCGGCUUCCUCCAGGAGAUGAGCCGCCACGCCGGCGUCACGCGCAUGGGAUCCGCCAACCUCGGCAUGGUGUUUGCUCCGGGACUGUUGCGCUGCGAGGAUGUGAUGAAGAUGAUGACCAACACGGCUCACGAGGGCGCCUUUGUAAAGAACCUCAUCGAGCACUACCGACCGGCGGAGAACUAG